GUGGGUGUUGCCUCGACUGUGAUAGCGGGCGGCUGCUGCGUUCACCAUGCCUACGCCGAGGCAUCGGCACACGUUACUCGGCUUUUCUGACGCGUUAGACUGGAGAGCCUUGAACUUCGUGGACCCAAUUCCACCAAACAUAGUAUGUAAGGCGUGCGGCCUAGUAACCAGGGUGACCGCUUUUCUGCCUUGCCUGCACGUUUUCUGCAAGAAGUGCUACGAACAGUGCAGCGAUGACGACGUGCACUGCUGUCCCCUCGACGGUCAACGUGCCGUCAAAGAAGACGUCCAAUGGAUCGAGUAUCCUGUGAGGAACCUGCUCAAAAGGAAGGUGAAGUGCUGGAAUGAAGACCGUGGCUGCGACAAAGUACACUCUGCAUCGGAACUCCACAAGCACUUUUGCAAAGAUUGUGACUACCACUCGACAUCCUGUCCGGGAUGUUCGAUGGUCGUGCGCUGUAAUAAUGUGUGCGCGCACAUGCAGAGCGAGUGCAGGGAUGGCGCGGUGUUGCUGGCGUCCGGGAAUCCGCAAACUAUUAGUGCUUGCGAAAAUGCAUUGACGAUGGCUUUGAAUGUAAACAUAGACACACGAGCAGGUGAAAUGAAAGAGAGACUAGACCAUCUUACGCAGGAAAAUCACGUCCAAGGUAACCGCCUCAAUGAGAUUUCGCAUUGCAUGAAUGUAAUGAAAGAAACACUGCAAGAAAUAUCAAGCAGAAGUAAUAGAUUUGACAGCAUUGCAUCCUGCUCAGAAGCAAUCUAUGAAACUCUCAAUGACCAUGGUGAAAAGUUGCAGCAACUUGCAGGAACAAUAAGCAAUUCACACGAAAAACUUAACAAUGCUUUGGAAGGCACAAAGCUAAGUGUGGAACAACUGAAAGAAGACACAGCAAGCACUUUAUCAGCAGAUUUCAAAGAAUUCUUUAGUGGUGAGGGUGGUGCGCUGACGGUAACUCUUCGAAGAGAGUUAAAGAAUGCCACGAGGACAAUCUGCAGCGCCUGUGCAGAAACUGUUGCUAAGAUUGUUGAAGUACAGGACUGCGAGAAGCAAAACAGACCGAGUACUGUAAGUUCUGAAAAAACACUGGCUCUAAGCACAAUCAAUGUUAAGAAACAUGAGUUCUUUGUAGAAGGAUUCAAAGCAAAGAGAGAGAAUGCUUUGUCGGAUGGAUAUUGUGCUUAUGAGGAGAAAAAAACCUACAUCUCUGGCUAUCACCUAUCGCCAGGUGUGUCUUUUAAACUAUACAGACAGAACGUUUACCUGCAUCCUCGUAUUCAGCUGCACAAAGGAAUUAUCGACAACGUUCUUGAAUGGCCGUUCAAGAAAACGGUUCGGCUGACCAUUAAACACCCAACGCAAAAGAAAGAGUGCAGAAAGCAGCGUGUCCCGCGAGACAGUCCUGAUCACUAUGAAAAGCCCGAUAAAGCAAGUAAUACAACAGUAUUCUUUGAUGACGUUUCGUUCGCCUUGGAUAACCUCGAACGUGAAGGAUAUAUCACGGACGACAGGCUUCGGGUAGUGUGGGAGCUUGUUUCGGAUAACUGAGCCGCAUGAAACAGAUGUAGAAUUAAGUAUUUGUAAUAAAUAUAAACAUAUUAUCCUUCCGGCUGAACUGUGAGUGUUGUACUGUAUACACACAGCAUCCAUACAACCACUUUAUUUAUGCAUAACGCAGCCUCUUAUUCGUGUCAUGUUGCUAUUCAAACCGCUUUUGCAAUGAUGAUUAAAACUUGGAAUAAA